AGGGGUCCCGCGGCCCGGAGCCGACCGGCCCGGGGUGGCACCCGGAGCGGGUAUGGCGAGCUGGUGGCGGGCGCUCCAGCGCGCGGCCCGGCGCUACCCGUGGCCCACCAACGUGCUGCUGUACGCCGGGCUCUUCUCGGCGGGCGACGCGGUGCAGUAGCAGCUCCGCGGAGGCCCUGCCGACUGGCGGCAGACGCGCUGCGUGGCCGCCCUGGCCGUCACCUUCCACGGCCACUUCAACUACGCGUGGCUGCGGCUGCUGGAGCGCGCGCUGCCGGGCCGCGCGCCCCGUGUGGUGCUGGCCAAGGUGCUGUGCGACCAGACGGUCGGGGGGCCCAUCGCCCUCUCGGCCUUCUACACGGGUAUGAGUAUUCUCCAGGGAAAGAAUGAUAUAUUUUUGGACCUGAGACAGAAAUUCUGGAAUACCUAUAAGAGUGGUCUCAUGUACUGGCCUUUUGUUCAGCUGACCAACUUCAGCCUUGUGCCUGUGCACUGGAGGACGGCCUACACUGGGCUCUGUGGAUUUUUCUGGGCCACAUUCCUUUGCUAUUCACAGCAGAGUGGGGACGGCACUUUGGAGUCACUGUUCAUCUUCCUUCAUACAAAGGAGGUCUCCGCAGAGGCAAGACCCCCAGAGAAGUGA